CUCACAGAAUUCUCUCGCUUCACCUUUCAUCUUCUCUAAUACUUUGUCCCUCUCUGAUUUUUCGCUCUGGUCCUAGACUCCUAGAUUCAACUUACCAGAAAAUGGCCGUCAUCAACAGCCUCCGACGCCUGGCGCGUACCACUCAGGUUAAUUUGCAGAGCAGGUAUCUUGCUUCUUCCCAACGCAUGCCUGGCUCGAGGAUCUUCACCACAGAGGCAUCAACGGUUAAGAGAAACACAGUUGGGCCUAAAGGUCAUAGUAUGCUAGCACCUUUUACAGCUGGGUGGCAAAGUUCUGAUUUAGAUCCGAUGAUCAUAGCAAAAUCCGAGGGAUGUUAUGUGUAUGAUGCCCAUGGGAAAAAGUACCUUGACUCUCUUGCUGGUCUAUGGUGUACCGCAUUAGGAGGAAGUGAGGCACGGCUUGUUUCUGCUGCGGUUUCGCAGCUGAACACCUUGCCGUUUUAUCACUCCUUUUGGAACUUUACUACUAAACCUUCACUGGAUCUUGCUCAAGAUCUUUUAGACAUGUUCACGGCCAAAAAUAUGGCCAAAGCAUUUUUCACAAACAGUGGAUCAGAGGCUAAUGAUACCCAGGUCAAGCUGGUUUGGUAUUACAAUAAUGCACUUGGAAGGCCCAAAAAGAAAAAGAUCAUCGCAAGAAGCACAUCGUACCAUGGCUCCACUCUGGUAUCAGCAAGUUUGUCUAGCAUGCCGGUUAUGCAUCAAGAUUUUGACUUACCUUCAUCAUAUAUGCGAUGCACGGAUUGUCCUCACUAUUGGCGUUAUCAUCUUCCGGGUGAAACUGAAGAGGAGUUCUCAACCAGAUUAGCUAAGAAUUUAGAAGAUCUUAUCCUCAAAGAAGGACCACAAACAAUUGGUGCUUUUAUAGCUGAACCACUCAUGGGUGCUGGUGGUGUGAUACCUCCACCUGAUUCCUACUUUGAAAAGGUCCAAGCUGUUCUUAAGAAAUAUGAUAUCUUGUUCAUUGCUGAUGAGGUGAUAUGUGCAUUUGGAAGGCUUGGGACAAUGUUUGGAUGUGACAAAUACAACAUCAAACCAGAUCUUGUGUCCUUAGCUAAGGCAUUGUCUUCAGCAUAUGUGCCGAUUGGAGCCGUUCUUGUGAGUCAAGAAGUGGCAGAUGUUAUUUAUUCUCAAAGCAACAAGAUAGGUACUUUUGCGCAUGGGUUUACUUAUUCUGGUCAUCCAGUUUCAUGUGCUGUAGCAAUUGAAGCGUUAAAGAUCUAUAAGGAGAGGAACAUACCAGAACAUGUAAACAGAGUUUCCACAAGGUUUCAAGAAGGUCUUAGAGCUUUCUCCACUAGUCCUAUUAUUGGAGAGAUCAGAGGAACUGGUUUGAUUCUCGCGACUGAGUUUACAGAAAAUAAAUCGGCACACGAACCGUUUCCACCAGAAUGGGGUGUUGGCGAAUACUUUGCAGCCGAAUGCAAGAAGCAGGGGAUGAUAGUCCGUGUUGCAGGGGAUCUCAUAAUGAUGUGUCCACCGCUCAUUAUCUCACCUGAAGAGAUUAAUGAGUUGAUUACUAUCUAUGGGAAAGCGUUGAAGGCAACAGAAGAGAUGGUUAAAGAACUCAAGACUCAGCAAAAGAAGUGAGAAGCAGAGUCAUUGUUUCCAGUUAUAUGCAAUAAGUGUCAGAACCAUAAUAGGUGUAGUGUAUCUUUUAUUUUCCAAAGACUGGAUCUGUUGUUUCGAAUACACAAGUCUAGUUAUGUAGUGCAUUCGACUCGGUGGAAAUGGAAUGAAUAAACAACAACAAUAAGACUGUGAAUGUGAUCUGAACAAACCAAAGAUACAGAGACAUAAAUAGAUAUUGUUUUUAAAAGUCAAAAACAGUUUCUGAGAUAGUGACUUUGCAGGCUUGCAGCUACAUGAACUUGUGGUUAAUGGCCUAAACUAGCGACGGCCAGAGACUGGACUAUAUGGUUCGGUACGCGGCUAACCAACCCACGGACCAGAAUGACUCAAAUGGAAUUUAGUGCACUCGAACUUGAAAACGAAAUACAUAGACCACUGCAGAAACAGAGAAUUGUGAUUA